AGUUUACAGGUCCAGGUGUAACUGAUGUGAAUUCCUGGGUAUUGAAGGUCCACAGACUGUGACAAAACCAACCAUCCUCUCUUUUUCUCCUGCUCAGUGUUUCAGUUAAGGCGUCACUCUAUGAUUGUGUGAGGUCGUAGCCGAUCAGCAGCAGUGUCAGGACCAGAGGAGAGUGUACCAGUAGGAAGACCAUGGACCUUAGAUUCAGAAGGCUGUUGCUUCUCACCAGGGCAGCUCUUCAUCUCCUGCUGCUGGCCAGACUGGUGCUGCCUUCUCAUUCAGAAAGCAUGCCCAACUUCAUCAAGUCCCCUGAUGAUCAGACAGGGAUUUCGGGAGGAGUGGCGUCGUUCGUAUGCCAGGCAGUGGGUGAGCCCAAACCUCGCAUCACCUGGAUGAAGAAGGGGAAAAAAGUCAGCUCUCAGCGCUUUGAGGUGAUUGAGUUUGAUGACGGCUCUGGCUCGGUGCUGCGUAUUCAGCCUUUGAGGACCCACCGCGACGAAGCCAUCUAUGAAUGCACAGCCACCAACAGUGUGGGAGAGAUCAACACCAGCGCCAAGCUCACUGUCUUAGAAGAGGACCAGAUCCCUCAUGGUUUCCCCACCAUAGACAUGGGGCCCCAGCUGAAGGUUGUGGAGAGAACGCGUACAGCUACCAUGCUAUGUGCAGCCAGCGGCAACCCUGACCCAGAGAUUUACUGGUUCAAAGACUUCCUACCUGUGGACAUCAGCAGCAGCAACGGACGCAUAAAACAGCUGCGUUCAGGAGCGCUUCAGAUUGAGAACAGCGAGGAGUCAGACCAGGGCAAGUACGAGUGUGUGGCAGUCAACAGCGCAGGGACUCGCUACUCUGCUCCAGCUAACCUUUAUGUUCGAGUUCGUCGUGUGCCUCCCCGUUUCUCCAUCCCCCCAACCAAUCAUGAGGUGAUGCCCGGUGGCAGCGUCAACCUGACCUGCGUUGCGGUUGGUGCUCCCAUGCCUUAUGUCAAGUGGAUUAGUGGCGAAGUGGAGCUGACUCGGGAGGAGGAGAUGCCUAUUGGCCGCAACGUCCUGGAGCUCACUAACAUCCGGCAGUCCACCAACUACACCUGUGUGGCCAUAUCCUCCCUGGGCAUGAUUGAGACCACAGCCCAGAUCACUGUCAAAGCCCUGCCCAAGCAGCCCACUUCCCUCAUUGUGACAGAAACCACGGCCACUAGUGUCACCUUGACCUGGGAUUCUGGCAACCCAGAACCGGUGUCCUACUAUGUGAUCCAGUAUCGCAGCAAACUGUCUGACAACGGCUUCCAGGAAGUAGAUGGAGUAGCUACAACACGAUACAGUAUCGGCGGCCUUAGCCCCUUCUCUGAAUAUGACUUUCGUGUCAUGGCUGUCAACAAUGUCGGCCGUGGGCCCCCCAGCAGUAACGUGGACACCCGUACAAGCGAGCAGGCACCGUCAUCACCUCCUCUUCAUGUCCAGGCACGCAUGCUAAGCUCCAGCACCAUGCUUGUCCAGUGGGAACCUCCAGAGGAGCCCAAUGGCCAAAUCCAGGGAUACCGGGUCUACUACAGCUCCAAGCAUGACGCCCCACUCAGUGCCUGGCAGAAGCACAACACAGAUGACAGCCAGCUCACCACCAUCUCAGGUCUCACCCCAGAUAUCACUUACAGCCUGAGGGUGCUGGGCUUCACCUCUGUGGGAGACGGGCCUCCCUCUGAUGUUCUGCAGAUCAAGACCCAGCAGGGAGUUCCAGGUCAGUUGUCUGGUUUCGAGGCAGAGGCCGAGCUGGACACACGUGUGAUGUUGUCAUGGCUUUGGCCUGUCCAGGACCCCAUCAUUAGCUUUGAACUGCUCUACUGGGUGGCCAACAAUCCCACAGACAAGCAUCGUGUCAUUUUCGACCCAGCAGGCUCCUAUGCAGUUGAUGGUCUAAAGCCAGAUACAGUCUACAUGUUUUCCCUGGCAGCAAGAUCUGACAUGGGUUUAGGAGUCUUUACUCAGCCUAUUGAGGCUAGGACUGCCCAAUCAACCCCUUCAGCCCCUCCCCAGGAGGUACACUUGCUCAGUCUCAGCUCCACCAGCAUCAAGGUGAGUUGGGUGGCACUGCCCAAAGACAGCCAUCAUGGGGAGAUAGUGCGCUACUCCUUAGCCUACCAAGCACUCACAGGGGACAAUGUGGAGUGCCACCAGGUGACAGGGAUUGGUGCUGAUGUCACCAGCUAUGUGCUAGAGGAGCUGGAGAAGUGGACUGAGUAUUUGGUGUGGGUGAGGGCUCACACUGACGUCGGGCCCAGCCCCGAGAGCCUCACAGCCCGCAUCAGAACCAAGGAAGAUGUGCCUGGAGCUCCUCCAAGGAAGGUGGAGGCAGAUGUCCUCAACUCCACUGCCCUCAGGGUGACCUGGAAGUCUCCCCUGUCUGUGAAGCAACAUGGCCAGAUCAGAGGCUACCAGCUGGUCUACUCCAGGCUAGAGAACGGGGAGCCUCAUGGCCAGCCGGUCAUCAUGGAUGUUUCCAUCCCUGAAGCCCAGGAGGCCAUUAUAACUGGUCUGCUCCCAGAGACCACCUACUCUGUGACUGUUGCUGCUUAUACCACCAAGGGCGAUGGGGCUCGCAGCAAAGCCAAGGUGGUCACAACCUCAGGAGCAGUGCCUGGUAAGCCCACUAUGAUGAUCAGCACCACCAUAGGGAAUACUGCCCUGAUUCAGUGGCAGCCCCCUAAAGAGAUGGUGGGGGAGCAUGUAGGAUACCAGCUGCAGUACAAGAGAGCAGAGGAGGAAGCUUUCAUUAUCAAAGACUUCAGACAGACAGAUGAUCAUUUCACAGUCACCGGUCUCCACAAGGGCGCCACCUACAUCUUCAAACUGUGCGCCAAAAACCGAGCAGGCAACGGAGAAGAGUAUGUGAAAGAGAUAAGCACUCCAGAAGACAUUCCCAGCAGCUACCCCCAGAAUCUGAGUGUGGAAGGCCUGACCGCCACCUCCACCAAGCUGGCCUGGGACCCCCCUCCUCUGGCCGAGAGGAACGGGAAGAUUGUCAAGUAUGUGGUGGUGUUUCGAGAUAUCAAUAACCAGCACAACAACACCAACAGUACCACAGAAACACACAUGACCAUCCAAGGUUUGCAACCUGACACUACCUACGACAUCAGGGUCCAAGCUUUCACCAGCAAAGGGGGAGGACCCAUCAGCCCCAGCAUUCAGAGUAGAACCAUGUCCACCUCCAUGCCAGUUUUCACCAAGAACUUUGGUGUGAAGGCUGUGAUGAAAACUUCUGUCCUGCUGACCUGGGAAGUUCCAGAAACCUACAAAUCUCAAGUACCUCUCAAGAUCCUGUACAACCAGCAGAGUGUGGAGGUUCAAGGCAACCUGAAGAGGAAGUUGAUCACACAGCUGCAGCCAGAUACUGAUUAUUCCUUCGUGCUGAUGAGCCGGGGGAACAGUGCCGGGGGCCUCCAGCAGCAGGUUUCCAUCCGAACAGCUCCAGACCUUCUGAAGAUGAAACCAGCUCGAUUACAACACGAUGUGGAGGAGGGUGGUAAAGUGACCAUCAGUCUGCCCAGGGUCCCUGCUGGAGCCUCCAUCAGGUGGUUCUACAUAGUGGUUGUCCCUGUCACUCCGGCUUCUCUGAGAAGAUGGGAGAAUCCUGAAGACAUGGAUGUGUAUGAGCUCCUGGAGGCUGGUGCUGACAGCAGUCUGCAGAGAAAGAAGAGACAGAGCCAGGAUUUCAUGCAGCCCUACAUCGCUGCCAAGAUGGAUGCUCUGCCUGAGAUCUUUACUCUGGGUGAUGAGAAGAAAUACAAUGGAUACUACAACAAACCCCUCCCUGGCCAGCAGCAGUAUCGCUGCUUUGUUCUAGCUGACCUGGUGGACCACGAGUCUCAGAGGAUGUUUGCGGCCAGCCCGUUCUCUGAGCCCAUCACGGUGAAGCUCCAUAGUGGGAUGACCCGACAAACUGAGGACCCAGAGAUGCUUUGGGUUAUGGGUCCAGUGCUGGCUGUCAUUCUCAUCAUCAUCAUAGUUAUUGCUAUUCUUCUCUUCAAGAGGAAACGAACAUCUCCAGCCAAGGACGAGCACAUGGCGGGGGUCAAGGACUCUCUGCUUGCCCACUCCUCAGACCCUGUGGAGAUGAGGAGACUCAACUAUCAGACACAAGGUUCCAGUGCCCUCAGCUGCCCAAACACUCCAAGGAUGAGGGAGCAUCCUCCCAUUGCAAUCUGUGACCUGGCAGACCAUAUAGAGAGACUAAAGGCCAAUGAUAGUCUGCGCUUCUCUCAGGAAUAUGAGUCUAUUGAUCCAGGUCAGCAGUUCACCUGGGAGCACUCCAACCUGGAGGUCAACAAGCCAAAGAACCGCUAUGCAAAUGUUAUUGCCUACGACCACUCCAGGGUCAUCCUCACACCUGUGGAUGGAGUUCCAGGUAGCGACUACAUCAACGCCAACUACAUUGAUGGCUACAGGAAGCAGAAUGCUUACAUUGCCACACAGGGGCCGCUGCCGGAGACACUGAGUGACUUCUGGAGGAUGGUGUGGGAGCAGAGGACCUGCACCAUCGUUAUGAUGACCCGCCUAGAGGAGAAGUCACGGGUGAAGUGUGACCAGUACUGGCCCAGUCGAGGCACAGAGACAUAUGGGAUGAUUCAGGUGACCAUGCUGGACACUGUGGAGCUGGCUACGUACACAGUACGCACAUUUGCCCUCUAUAAGAAUGGCUCAAGUGAGAAGAGAGAAGUUCGACAGUUCCAGUUCAUGGCCUGGCCUGAUCAUGGAGUGCCUGAGUAUCCCACCCCAACACUGGCCUUUCUACGCAGGGUCAAGGCCUGUAAUCCUCCAGACGCUGGACCCAUGGUGGUCCACUGCAGUGCUGGUGUGGGCCGGACAGGCUGCUUCAUUGUGAUCGAAGCCAUGCUGGAGAGGAUGAAACAUGAGAAGUCGGUGGAUAUAUACGGUCACGUGACGUGUAUGCGAGCUCAGAGGAACUACAUGGUGCAGACAGAGGAUCAGUACGUAUUCAUCCAUGAGGCCCUGCUGGAAGCUGCAACAUGUGGCAACACUGAAGUCCCAGCCAGAAACCUGUAUGCCCACAUCCAGAAGCUCACCCAAAUCCCUUCUGGAGAGACUGUCAGCGCCAUGGAACUGGAGUUUAAGAAACUGGCAAACUCUAAAGCACAUACCUCAAGAUUCAUCAGUGCCAACUUGCCGUGUAACAAAUUCAAGAACCGUCUGGUAAACAUCCUGCCUUUUGAAUCCACCCGAGUCUGCCUGCAGCCAAUCAGAGGGGUGGAGGGCUCCGACUACAUCAAUGCCAGCUUCAUCGACGGAUACAGGCAGCAGAAAGCAUACAUGGCCACCCAGGGCCCGUUAGCCGAGACCACAGAGGACUUCUGGAGAAUGCUGUGGGAACACAACUCCACCAUUGUGGUCAUGCUCACCAAACUCCGCGAGAUGGGACGGGAAAAGUGCCAUCAGUACUGGCCUGCUGAGCGCUCAGCACGCUACCAGUACUUUGUUGUGGACCCUAUGGCUGAGUACAACAUGCCUCAGUACAUCCUGAGAGAAUUCAAAGUCACAGAUGCCAGGGAUGGUCAGUCAAGGACCAUCAGGCAGUUUCAGUUCACUGACUGGCCAGAGCAAGGAGUGCCAAAAACUGGAGAGGGAUUCAUCGAUUUCAUCGGCCAAGUGCAUAAAACUAAGGAGCAAUUUGGACAAGAUGGACCAAUCACUGUGCACUGCAGUGCUGGUGUUGGGAGGGCUGGUGUGUUCAUCACCCUGAGCAUAGUCCUGGAGAGGAUGAGGUAUGAGGGAGUGGUCGACCUCUUCCAGACCGUCAAGACGCUCCGAACUCAGAGGCCAGCCAUGGUGCAGACAGAGGACCAGUACCAACUGUGCUACCGGGCUGCUUUGGAGUACCUGGGAAGCUUUGAUCACUAUGCAACAUAACCCCAUACAAAAAGACACCCUCAGAAGAGUUUGGUGUCUCCUUCGAGCCAUAUCCACUCAGCUCCAUCAGUCCGUGCGGCCUGAUGAGGAGGCUACGAGGAGGACUGAGGAGAAGGUGACCACAGCAGGAAACGGGAGAUUACGGAAAGAAAGGAGAUGGGACUAGACAACCUUCUCCUUGACUGGUGCCAUGAUUUUACCACAGAACCUCCUCAAAACCAACCCUGAAAGACUUGUAGUCAUGCCUCAUUCUGAUUCUUGACCUAAUAUCCCAGUCAUUCCCCAAUGUCUGCCUCCUCCUAAUAGCAAAAACUAAUUUUCUGCUAUUUUCAUUUAUAUUCAUCUUUACUAUAUUUGUUAUGAAUAUUUAAAAUUCAUUUUGUAAUCACUUACACCACUUAUUGUAUGUCUUAUUUGCUUAUCUUAUUAUUAGCACAAAGGACAUGUAUUUUCAGCACACGUGUUAUUAAUACUGGAGAGUAUAUACUCACAGCUGCUAAUAAUUUUAUUUUGUACCAUAGAUACGAUAUUAUAAUGUUAUCAUUACUCAGUUUAUUUGAUAUGGGAGGAAAUGUGGGUUUGACUUCCUGUCUUCACAUAACAGAAUGAUGAUCUGCCAAAUAGAUCAAAUAAACAGAUAACAUUUGUGAACUACAGAAUGAAACAAACAUGCGAGGAUUAUUCAGAUUUGAACAACUGGUAGCAUGUACAGAGUUUCUUGUCAAUAAUCAUUGACAAAUUUUCUCAAAGCUUUCAGACAUCAACCCAACAAAAGAAAUAUAAUGCUGUUGGAAAGGUUGUGUGCACCAUAGGUUUCACAUCCCCUUUUAAGGUGAACUCAGGUAGGCUACACACAGACAGAUUGUGAGAUUUUUUGUGAAAUAAGUGUGAUGACAAAUGCUGAUCACAUGCUCCAUGCAUGAAAAAGAAAGGAAAUCUAUUAAGACUCCAGAGGCAGAACUCCUAUCACCCCAAUUUAUGACAAGAUGUUUUCUACUGAGCACGUUACAUUCAUGCUCAACCUUAAAGGAUAAGGCAGGCUUAACAAGUCCCAUGAACACACCAAAACCAACAAUGUGGUAGUCCGCCUCUCAGUACUUUAUGACUUCCCUACCCUGUCUGUGGCUCUCGGCCUCAAGCCCAUUGGUUUACUUUUUUUUUUAAAGAUCAGAAAUGGCACUAGCUUUUAGCAAACUUUACUCAAACAGUAGGCAAUAGUUUGUUGGGGACAAUUUUCAGCUGACAGUUUCAUUUUUUGGACAACAAUGGAGGUCUAUGGCACAGAGGUAGAUCCAUCAGGUUGUGACACAAUACUUUGGGUUUGGGUCUGCACAUGGGAUUUCUUGACACAGGAAAAAAUGUGAAUAUUAUCAAUAUCAUUUACAUUUAACAAACUUUAAAUGUAUGCUUCUUGAUUUUGUUAUUACAGCAAUCAACACCGUAAAAUGUUUGACCUGUUGCUGUUUUUAAUCCCAACACAGUUCACAGCUGAAUUUUAGAGCAUUAACAGUGUGUGGACACUAGGCCUAUUAGAUCAUCUGGGAAAAAAAAUCAGUAGGCUACAAUUAACAAAAUCACAUAACAUUUUUUUCACUUACCCUUAGGUUGCUCUCAGCCAGCCAGAUUUUUUUAAGGACAGAAUUGUGGUUCGCUGAACAUAUGUUUCACUUCUUCUAACAUGUAAUCUGGGUUUUGGUGCUCUUACUCAUUUCACAAAAUUUCCAGGCAUUGUGUUGAUACAAAAAUAGCCCAUUUGUGAUUAAGCAAAUUGAGUAUGGACAGUUCACCAUCACAUCAUGCACCACAGGACUGCACCCAACCUGACUCUGACAUCACAGAGGGAUGUGAUUUAAUGAUCCCCCACACUUUUCUGACUUUCUUGCUCAUCUUAUGCCCUGCACUUUUCUGUUUGCAAACAUGGCUUUACAUAGACAGGACACACAAGCAGAUACGCUGGAUCACAUAAUAUAUUACAGCUCAACUAUUUUAUCACUGUGUUGUAGACAGACAGACAAGUAACUGAGAGAGCAGCAUCAGUGUUCAGUGGUGGCUCUUCAUUGGAAGAGAUGACAAAGUGAGGUGGUUUUGGAUGAACUGGACUGUAUAAUGGAUUCAUUUCACAGAGUUGUGCUGUAGGGGUCCCAUCUGUUGUAUACACAAUCUGUUUUCUAUUUGUUAAUAAAAAGCAGAGAAAAUGUCUUGACUGCCUUGAUGUUAAUAAAGUUGAAUAAUUGGG